UCUCCUGUGUUGUCCCCUGUGUUCGCUCCCCCACUCUCAGAGAGACCCAAGUCUAAAGGCGGAGACACCGUGGUGUACAGGCUGAAGGACUGGCCAUCAGGAGAGGAGUUCAUGGCCCUGAUGCCUUCCAGGUAUGAUGACCUGAUGAGGAAUCUGCCCCUGCCUGAGUAUUGUGACCCUGAAGGGAACCUCAACCUGGCCUCUCAUCUACCCAGCUUCUUCGUACGCCCAGACCUCGGACCACGCCUCUGCUGUGCUUAUGGAGUGGCAGCGUCUCAGGAGCAGGACUUUGGGACAGCUAACCUUCACAGGGAGGUCUCUGACAUCGUCUCUGUCCUGGUGUACGUAGGAGUGGCCAAGGGGAACGGAGUCCUGUCCAAGACGGGAGUGUUGAAGAGACUGGAGGAGGAAGACUUGGACGACAGCGUGAAGAAGAGAUUAAAGGAUUCCAGCGAGACGCCUGGAGCCUUGUGGCACAUCUACAUUAGCAAAGAUGUGGAGAAAAUUAAAGACUUUCUGCACAAGCAGGUUGCUAAGGAGCAGGGGGCGGAGAUUUCAUCAGAGCACGACCCAAUCAGAGAGCCGGGCUGGUACCUGAGCAGGAAGUUGCGUCAGCGUCUGUGGGAGGAGCAUGAUGUGCAGGGCUUGACCGUGGUUCAGUUCCUGGGGGACUCUGUCCUCAUCCCUGCCGGGGCGCUGCACCAGGUGCAGAACCUUCACAGUUGUGUCCAGGUGAUAAAUGACUUUGUGUCUCCAGAGCAUGUAUUCCACUCCUUCCACCUGACACAGGAACUGAGAUCCUCCAGAGAAGAGCCCAACUACGAAGAUAAACUACAGGUAAAGAACAUCUUGUUCCACUCUGUGAAGGAUGCAUUGACGUCGCUGAGGAGGUACAGCCAGGAGGAGGAAGAGAACUCCUGACCCGUAGUCUCUCUGGCUCCUCCCUAUCUGGCUCCUCCUCUCUGGCGCCACCCUCUCUGGCGCCACCUCUCUGGCGCCAACCUCUCUGGCUCCUCCCUCUCUGAGACAUCUUCCUUCAGCCUGGAACAGAUAUAUACACACUGACACUAACCACAACAGCAGAACACACUACAACACACUAAAACUACAUGUUACUGACCAGCAUCGCUACACAGCAUCAGGAUACUGACCAGCAUCAGGAUACUGACCACAACAGCAUCAAUACCCAGCAUCAGGAUACUAACCACAGCAGCAUCAGGAUACUGACCACAGCAGCAUCAGGAUACUGACCACAGCAGCAUCACCACCACAGCAUCAG